UGAGGAGCCAGGCGGCAGGAGGGAUAUGUCUUUGGGGGAACACUAAGAUCUGUGUGCAGAGGGCUCGUCCAGAACUUCAGAUAUGGAGCUAUCAAACGUCACACGGUGGCUGAGAAGAGGGGAAGGGCGGAAGUGAAGAGUUUAUCUGCUGCUUCAACGCUUCGGAUGUGGUAGCAACUUUGGCAAACACCACAGACUUUGUUAAAAUUGCUAUUGGUGCCCUUGAUUGUUUGAACAUCUGGGAACGGUGCAGGGUGUGAUCCCAGAUCCUGACAUCACCCGUGGCAGGGAGAACUCCUCGUGUGCCCAUCAGAGGUCUCCUCCUGCUUGGAUCUCGUUUGAUGUGUUGCUGAAAUCUGGAAGCAAAGUUACUAACGUCCCAUGGAUCCAAACAUCCAGGGAUCCUUUCUGUUCAACAACAGCCUCAACCAGUUCUCCUCGGAUCUAAAGGCGCCGGUUUGCCAGUACUCAGUGCCAAACUCUUUCUACAAGCUCAACCCUGGCCUGAACAGCCAGCUGCAAGCAGGGACACCCCACGGCAUCAGUGACAUCCUGAGUCGCACCAUGAUGGGCACCACGGGCACCACCACCCUGCUGUCUGGAUACUCGACCAUGGGGGGGUUCAGCCCCUCCGUCUCCAACGCGUCCAUGUACUAUAACCGAGACUACAACUCGUCACUGGGCAACUUCACCAAGCCGGGCGGCGAGUGCCCGAUGAAGGCUCGCAGUGUGAGCUGCUGGGCCGAGAGCGGCUGUGACUGGAGAGGAGGGAGGCAGCAGUGCACCAACAGCGGUGCUCCUCUCGGGGAGAUGUCCGGCAGGAAGAAACACACCAGGCCGACGUUCAGUGGACAUCAGAUAUUUGCUCUGGAGAAAACCUUUGAACAGACCAAAUACCUGGCCGGGCCUGAGAGAGCGAGGCUGGCUUAUUCCCUGGGAAUGAGCGAAUCACAAGUUAAGGUGUGGUUUCAGAACCGACGCACCAAGUGGAGGAAGAAGAGCUCCACGGAGCCGAGCUCCACGCAGGGCAGCCUGCACGCCGGGCAGGGCGAGGCCUCGGAGAACGAGGUGGAGGACGAGGAGUACAACAAGCCCCUGGACCCCGACUCCGACGACGACAAGAUCCGCCUGCUGCUGCGCAAACACCGCAGAGCUUUCUCCGUGCUGCGCCUCGGGCCCCACCACGUCUGA